GCGGCGAUACAGUGACGCGCGGCGAUUGGGUGAGCGCGGAGCUAAACUGUAUGUACAGUAAAAAGACAAGACACCGACAAUAAUAACAACAGCUGCGGCCGCAUGAGGCUAACUAAAGACACACUCGCACUUUUCGGGCUCACACGGUAAAGAUUUCGGAUGUCACAAUGGCUGCAAACUUCACCAUUUCAGACAGUGAGUCAGAGCCAUCGGAGGAGGUAGACGAAGGAGAAAUGAGCCAAUCACUAACUGGGCAAGAGCAGGAGCUUUCUCAACGCCACACCCUCACCUUGCCUGAACUCCGAGGGGCAGCGACCGGUCGAACGAGGCUGAACUCAGAGUCCCACACUUCCACUGUCUCCAGAGAUGAGGAGUUCCAGGCCAGGGGGGAGGAGGAAGCUGGCACGCCCACCGAAGGAGCUCCAUUCAGGGGACGGUCCAAGUCAGCUCCCCCUGCACUGUGGGCGGCGAAGAAAUACGGCCAGAAGCUCAGAAGGAUGAGCGAUGAAUUUGACAGCCUGCUAGACAAAGGGGAGAUGAGGAAGGUGAAAAGCGCUGGGACAGCCAAACAGAUGCACCACUCUAAAAGCUGGUGGAGCUACCUCUUUAGUCACCAGGAGACAGAAGGAGAAAACAACCACCAUGAAAACCACACUCACCGCACUGAGUAGGCACCGAGAGCGGAAAUAAGGGUGACGGAGGGAUCGAUGGGAGCGAGAAGAAAGAAAUGGGGAAGCCGAGAGAACAACUGUGAUGAGAACAAUGAGACCUGCUCUGAGCGGGAAGGUUGGUUUGAUCAAACAGAGAAAGAACCAAACAUAAAGGCAUGGCUAACACUGAGGUCCAAGCCUCUAGCCUUGUCAUUUUUACACAUCAUUGGUAACUACGUUUAUAUAAAUAUUUUGUUUUUUUUUUGGUUGUUAUGGAAACACUGUAGGGCACUGUGAAAUGGUGAGAGUUUUGGCCAUCCCUGUCCCAUAAAAUAGGAUACAAGGAUGGACCAAGAAGCGAGAGAUGAUCUCUUUAAAACACAAUGAAAGAAUAUAAUAAGGGGAUUUAAAAUGUGACCACUCAGUUAACAGAUGCUUAUCAUUUCAGUUGUCUCUCACAUCAACACUAUGCAAUAUACUGUAGAUGGAGAGAUAAAUGUACUGGAAACGAAACACCUGUCUAUUUCGGCCACCUUGAAUGCUGUUACAACUUCCUUCCUUCCUCAUUUUCUUGAGGAAAUCACAGAAGUCAGUGUGUUGCUAAUGUUUGCUUUGCUCCAAAUGUUUGAGCUUAAAUUGCACAAACUCACGGAGUAUUGUGUGCCAAAAUAAUCUUCAGGCAACAGAGGAGAGAGAGUAUAAAAAAAGGAAGGAUUUUUUAAAGUAUUCAAUUUGGGGCUUUUAUCCAGCUUCCUGUUCUGCUACCUGCAGGCCAGUACCAUUGAAACCACUGUACUCGACUAUCAUUAACUGCUUUAUAUCUCAAAUUUAUCAAAAGAACAAUCUUGUACAAGGACAAUCUCUGACGAUGCAGAAAUAAUAUCUUUUGUACAACUUCAGGGUUAGAUUAUAUCUGAAGAAAAUGACAUAAACAUACAUAUUAAAAAAAAAGCACAAACCAAUAUGAAUCUAUGUUUUUAAAGCCUUGGAUGAGCAAAAAGUAAAACAGACUUUGUAAUUUUUAUGUGUAAAUAUUUUGUUAAUAUUUUAUCAAAUGGCAUUGAAUGGGGUUAUAAGCAACAUGGUUUAGCCAGAAUUAAAUUUUACGAGUUCCUAUUUUACAAGGUUACCAUGCUAUUUAAUAAGUGGACAACCUAGCAAUAGGCAGUGUACAAUCCAUGGCUGUUGUGGUAAAUGUUAUGUGGAUAUUUAAAGAUGUGGGGAUGGGGAUGGACUAACUGCUGUACAAGGAGCCAACACACUAGCCUUUGGCCCCAUUUACUCAGCACCUGGCACAUGCAGAGGAUGGAUUUAGAGAGUCCACACAGGUGGAAAUUACUAAAAAGGAUUUCAACUUGAUUUUUCCAAACUACUCACAGAGGUCGCUUGGGAAAAUCAGUUCUCAGUCCUGUCAAGUUUAUAUACACGUUUGUUUAAAUGUGUCCUUAAUCUGCAUUGAGGUGUGAAUAAAAUGGGAUCUCAAUCUAUCAGGCCGGAGGUGUAGGAGUGCUGAUCUAAUUCUAGAUUUGCUAUUUAUGUUAUAUUCAGGCUUUUGAAGAUUGCUUGGCACAUACUUUACACAAUAUGACUUUUAUGGAAGUUAUUAUUAUUCAUAUUAAAUUGUUAUAAACUAAGAUCGGCACUUCUCCUCAGCUUGGUGAAUAUGAUUAGGCUAGUUGUGAUUUGUUUAUCAAUAUGUGAUUAUUGGAAAAUUGUAAAAGGUUUGUUCUACUUGUGUCUUAUACUCUUCCUCUCGGUUGAGUUGUGAAGUGCUCGGGUGUGCAGGUCGAGGGCUGCGUUUGUAUUGUCUGUAAACAAAACUUUAUUGCAUCUUUUUUAUAGCUUUUGCUAAACCUGGCUUAGGACAAUUUUGAAUCAGAAUUCCAGACAAUCUGAAUGACACCACCCUUUUCUAAGUCUACCAUGUGUUUUGUAACAUGAUUGCAUUGACUGAAAUGUUUUGGCAACCCUUUAAAAAUGAACUAGUAUCUGGUAUAAACCUCCUGACAUAAUUAAUACAGUUAGACUAUGCUGUAAAAUUUAAAGAGUGACUCCAGUGUUUUAUGAUAUCAGACAUCAACAGGGAAAUCAGGAAUGAGUGUUUAAGUAAUUGUGCUGCCACAACAAAUAGUGCUUUACAUUUUAACAGGUCACUCCUAGUAGAUCUACCUAUCCUAUGGCACAAGUAGAGUUGAGUCAGCUGGCAGGGAAUAUGUGCAUGGUGUUGUGAGCUUGGGAUCAGAUAUGAAUGCUUUACUCUCUCUUGAAAAUAUCGUUCAGCUAGAAUUUAAAAGAGUAUAAUAUUGUUAUGAACUGCCUUGAACAUGCUGUAACCUGUGAUGUGACACCGCAUAGCCAGCCUUGUGUGUUUACCCAAUUACCGCCUUAAACUUUACAGCUCGCUGUCACAGAUUACGCUCAAGAAGAAGCACAAUAAUGCCGAGGUGCGUACGCUGUCACAACUGCAAGAAAGAACGUUAACACUGCUAAGAAAGAUUUUGGCUUGAAAUGCUGUUUCAGUAGAAGUCAUAUGACCAGUAAUGGUUUUUUGACUUUUAAACAUUUGUGACAGUGAACACACCCCAGAGGAAAAACCUGCCUGGGCACCUGGAGUUUUGCAACCAUCCUUAGUAUUACUUGAAUCUGGAGAUGUGUGUGGAGAAAAUUUAAUUUUAAUAUUUCCUUUUUUUUUUUUGUUAAGUUCCUUUUCAUUUUUUAAUGACUUUUGUAAAUGUAUUUUCUCUACAGCUGUCAAACUUCUGGUAUACGCUGUGCUGAAUAAAUAAUUUUAAGAGUGG